CGUUCCCACGUCAAAAUGGCGGCUGUCUGAGAAUUUGACAUCUGUCAGCCUAGUGGAAAUUUCCAUCAAGUUCCAGAGAAGCGUGAUCGCGAGCGCGUUCCCCGCCGGGGGACGUGGAGUGGGGUGGGGGGAGGAAGGGGCACAGCCGGCCGCGGGCAUCGCCAUCAUGCUGAUUACCGUGAAAACGCUACAGCAGCAAACGUUCAAAAUCGAGAUCGACCCCGAGCAAACGGUGCAAGUACUGAAAGAAUAUAUUGAAGCAGAGAAGGGCACCAGCUUCCCUGCUGCUUGUCAAAAGCUGAUAUAUGCUGGAAAGAUUUUAAGUAAUGAUGACCAACUCAAGGAGUACAAGAUUGAUGAGAAGAACUUCAUUGUUGUUAUGGUAACAAAGCCUAAAACUGCCUCCACAGAAGUGCGAUCUGUUGGGCCGUCAUCCACUCCGUCCCAGUCAGAGGGAGACAAGCAGAAUACAGCUGAAGGAAGCCAAGCCCAAACUAUUACCAGCUCGGCGUCAAUAUCCAGUUCAAUGCAGCCUUCUGGCAGUGACAUGUUCUCUGCCCCAUCAGUCAGUGAUCUACUCCCAGCACAAGCAUCAAUGAUUGAUUUACUCUCAGAACCUACUUCUCAGAGUGACGUUUUUGAGGAUCUGCCCCAUGACAAUGAUAUUAUGCCAUCAGAGAGGAAUGCAGCUUAUGAGACAAUGGUGUCUGAAAUUAUGUCAAUGGGUUAUGAUCGUGAAGAGGUGGUGGCAGCAUUAAGGGCAAGCUUCAAUAAUCCACACAGGGCGGUGGAAUACCUGCUGACGGACGUGCCUGAUAGUCUAAUGAGUCCAGUGGAGGAGAGUACAGCACCUCAACGUUGUCUUGAAUCUGUUCAGGAAUCUAACCCAGAAAUACUAGAUGAGAGCCCCCUGGAAUUCCUUCGUGAUCUACCUCAGUUUCAGAACAUGAGGCAGGUUCUUCAGCAGAAUCCAUCCAUGUUACCAGCCCUGCUUCAGCAAGUGGGCAGAGAAAAUCCACAGCUUCUGCAGCAAAUCAGCGAACACCAGGAACAGUUCAUCCAGAUGUUAAAUGAACCCAUGGAGGAGGCUGGUGAGAUUGAAGAGGAGGUGGGCGCAGUUGGGGAGGAUACAUCGCAAACUGACUACGUACAGGUGACACCCCAAGAAAAGGAAGCUAUAGAGCGGUUGAAAGCCCUGGGGUUUCCUGAAGGACUGGUCAUCCAGGCUUAUUUUGCCUGUGAGAAGAAUGAAAACCUAGCUGCAAACUUCUUGCUGCAGCAGAACUUCGAUGAUGAAUAAUGAACUGGAAAGAUUACCUUAGGCAGGUGGUAAUCUACCCUCCCAGCUUUGUAAACCAGCUUUAACAAAUGAAAGCUUUGUUCAGUUCUAUUUGGUGAAUAAUGUGGUAUAAAUCACAGUAGAGAUUAUAUAUGACAAUUUAUGUGGCAGCUAAAAACAGAACUAAUUUUAACAUGCUGCAAAUUGGAGCAAGUGGGCAGGGGUUUCCUUCAAUAUUAGCAUAAAGAAAAGUGUAAAUACAAUUUGUUCACUCAGUUUAAAGAUCCUUUUGUUUUAAUGUGAUUUGAUUAAAAAUGUGACUGGGGAAACUGUACUGACUUCCUGAAGAGUGUCUCCAUGUUUAUGAUUUUCAAAACAGUAGUCACACAUUCGAUGAGAUGCAGGAGCCCAGGGCAAACUGGAACUUAUUUUUAAUUUGUAUUGCUCUCAAUAAUGGCCAUGUUUGGUUUUAUAUAUGUGUGUUUAAUAAGACAUCUGGCUUCUGUGUCAUCUGCACGUAACAAAGAAAUCAUAACUGGUUUAUUCUUACACAGUGGCUGUGGUCAACUAGCCUGUGGGGAUUAUUUUUGUAUUAUCUCAUGAAAGUGGAUUCAGACUGAUGGGAUAAGACUUUGCUUUCUUCACUGCAUCAUAUUGCUUUCUAAUUUAGAAGGCAUCCAAUUAUCAACAAUUGUUUCUGUGUAAUUAAAAAGGUUAUUUUAAUUAA